AGUACCAAAUGGGAAGAAAAAGAAGCAUUUUCGCCAUAGCGUGCAUGCGUCUGUUUUUUUUAAUCCAUGUAAACUUUUCAGAAGCCACAUUUGACGUAAAUGAGAAGCAAUUGCAAAUGGUGGCUGACAGUUUAUCCAUGGAUGAAUGCCGCAAAUUGUCCGAAUCACUUCACCAGGAUGGUUACGUAAGAGAUCAUAUUCCAUCCGGAAAAUCUGAACCACACAACGUAUCUUGCUUGAGACUUCUGCAGUACUGGGACACUCAUGAAGGAAAAUUCAAAUCUGUUCAGCUACUUGUAAUACGCUUGAAGCAACUUGGCCACUACGAUAUCGCCAAUCAACUAUCAGCUUCAGUCUCUCAUGAAAAAGUUUAUGAAGUUCAUGAAUUGUUUCUGGAUGAUCCUUUCAAGAAUAAAAUUCAUAAAAACUCCCCUCGUUUGACUGGCAAUUCAUUCGAAGAAGAUCAUGAACCGGCAGCUCGAAAAUCAAGCAGCUCAUGGACUAGCUUUCGGAUGUUUGAGAUCGCCCUUCUAACAGUUCUUUUUUCGAUCUUUCUGGCUUUUACAAUUUUGGCUCUCAUCAGAUUUUGUUCUCCUUAUUCCUUUGCCAGAAUGAGAGCCACAUUUUAUAAAAACAUGUUUGAUUCUAGGCCGGCUAAAGAAGAAUUAUUUUUCAUCUUGUAAUUAAUUACUUGCUUUUGUCAAAUAG